AAAAAAAACAUCAUUUGCGUUGAAAUAGUGUUUAGCAUAAAUUUUGUUGAGAAAUAGUUAGCGUAGAAAUAGUUGAGAAUCAUGUGAUCCCAAAAAUUUCGACAUUCAAAAUUUUGAAAAUAAAUAAUUAGAUUUGAAUUUGAAGAAUGUCAACAUCAACAACAGUCGAACCAAAAGAACGUGUUUAUGAAACUAUUGAAGAUGUUAAAGGUGAUGGUACACCUUGUUCAGCUAUACGUGAAGAAUUAAAAUUCUGUAUACGUAAUACAGAUUGUGUUAAAGAAUUACGUAUAACACCGAAAGAAUGUUUAAAAAAUAAACAUCCAUCUGUACCGGAAAAAUGUCAUCGUCUUGCAUAUUUAUUUUUUGAAUGUAAACGUUCAGUUCUUGAUACAAGAACUAGAUUUCGUGGCCGUAAAGGAUAUACAGAUGAAUAUAAUAGCAAAUGAAAAAAA